AUGUCGCUUACGAGCCUAGAACUCAACUACCUCAUAUGGAGGUAUCUACAAGAAAGUGGCUACGAGCUUGCGGCAUUUGCCCUUGAGAAAAAGUCCCAAUGCCUCGAGUACGAACACGAUAAGAACAAAUUCAUCGAAUCUAUAGAACCAGGCUGCUUAGUUAAUUUGGUACAGAAAGGUAUCCUAUAUACGUUCGUUGAGGAUGCAGCUGAGGGCAAAGAGGAGCGUCUUACAUUGGUUAAUGCUCUCAUAAAGGAGAACGAGCUCAAACAGGCGGAAACUGAUACAAGUCAAAACUUCCAGCUAAAAAGCCAGGCAAAUGGCGGGCUGGCGCCAGACGUAGAAAUGGAAGAUGCCACUACGGGAGAGGACGCCGAAAAGUCCAACAAUGAUGUGGCUGCUGCUCCAGAAUCACAAGUUCCCGAAGAAUCUCACGAGCUCCCGUUCACAACGUCUAUUCUCAAACCGUUUCUACAUUUCUCUCCAUCGGUGGCUGCACAGUGGCACCCACACUCCGAAGUGCUUGCGUUUGGCCGUGAGGAUGCUCUGGCACUCAUUCACGCUUUAGACUCGCAUGGUGUAGCCGAAAGUGUCACUCUCAACCAUCCCCCAGUUUUGGUGGAUGAACAUCCCGUAAACAACGAGAUUAGCACCAUCACAUGGGCUCCACAGGGUGCCAUGAUCCUAACGUCUGGAAUUGAUGGAGAAAUUCGCGCCUGGACUCCCGACGGACGUCUCAAGAACAUCGUGAACUCGGCGACUGAUUCCGAAAGAGUUCCUGCAACACUUUACUCGCUAAUAUGGAACAGCCGUGGUCUGCUCUUACUCACCAUUGAUGUAAAUAAUACCGUUGCCGUGUGGGAUGGAGCCACAUUGGCGCCUGUGGGCGAGAUUCUCCAGGUGAACUCUGCAAAUGCUCAUCCAAUUCCUUCAAACGGUGCUGGCCAUCCUAAUCUGAUUCGUACUGCGUGCUGGGUGUCUGAUUCCAAAUUUGCGAUCCUGACGUCAAAUAAUGCCAUCAAAAUCUACAGCGUGAAUCCGUUGCUUCCGCUUGAAACUUCAGUAACUGUGGUGGGGCAGCUUGUCGGUCACCAGAACACCAUCUCGACCAUUCUGUUUGGCAACAUCUCCAAAUUGCUAGCGUCGGCAUCUGAUGUUGACUACACAAUCAAGGUAUGGAACAGCUCACUGUCACAAGAUGCGCUUGAACUCAACGUUUCUUCUGAAAACGAACCCAACGUCUACUAUCAUACAACUCCAAUUGUGUGUCUCACUUGGCUCUCACGAUCCGGAGAUAUUCAAGGAAACGAGUUGCUUUCUGUGUCUAUGGAUGGCGCUGUCAACAUUUGGGACGCUUUUUCGGGUGAUUCCAUUGUGAGUGCCAACAUCUUCAGGAAUCCAGACAACUUCCGUUUAGAGGAAGACAUCGACAUUGACCAGAAGAAUGCAUUGGUGUUUGUUGCGUCCGUAUCACCUGAUUUUAAAUAUCUUGCCGUUGGUGAUGAUUCGGGAAAUGUCAGUAUCUGGGACAUCCAGCUGCUGCAUUACCGGGACGUGAAGGAUCUCUUGCGGUGCGAGGGAAUCUAUGCUGUGGGCAAGAAGGAUGACAUUGGUAUCUGUGACAUUGUUUGGGAUGCCAAGGGCACGCACCUCUGUGUGUGUUACAAGGGAGUCGAUAGCAUCAUCUUGGAGUGGAGCGAGAGCAAAGAGGAAGCGAAAGAGGAGCCCAAAGAGUAA